UACCUCCUCUCCAAGCAUACCUUUCCUCCUGUGCUUCAGGUAUUCUAUGUACCUGCGAGUGCCAUAACAGCCAGCUCACCGUUCCGCUUGCUUUCUCCGCCAUGGCUCUUCGUCAAGCAGCCCGUCGCGGCGCCACAGUCGCCUUGCGCCUUAAUCACCUACCUUCCCUCGCGCUUCCCGCCAGCACACGUCACCUCUCGCCCCUCCCCAUCGUUUCAUCCCCAUCAUCUUUCUCCACCAUCCCCACCGCCGCUGCCUCUCCACAGUUUCCACCACCAACUCUACCGAAUCUAUCACCACCCGCGACCGCGGCUGUCGCAGUGGCGCCGUCGCGAGGCGUCUUGGCGGCUUCACGGCUCGUUGCGAGCGGCCGCGGCUUUGCGGCAGCUGCAGGCAGCACGGAAACUAAAGUCAUCACCAUUGCGACGCCUACCGAGUUCAAAACUCUAGUUAACGACCCUUCGCGACUAGUGGUCGUUGACUUCACAGCACAGUGGUGUGGCCCGUGUAGAAGCAUCGCCCCGCUGUUGGAUGAAAUCAGCCGAACCCAGGACACUGUUGCCAUUGCCAAGGUCGACAUUGACGAUGGGGCACUAGCAGAGGUGGUCAAUUCUGCCAGGAUCAGCAGUGUACCUACCUUCCGCUUCUACAAAGGGGGGAAGCUGUUGAGCCAGUUCAGUGGAGCAGACGCACUCAAGCUCAAAGACACCAUUGCGUUGCUGCAGAAAUAGUCAUGGCAUGAGGCUGCUGCGUGUGGCAGGAUGUGUUUGGCAUAGCUUGUUGGAGACAAUUUCGUGAAAUUCUUGCUGCUUGACAUUGUACCAGUAAGAAUAGUGGUUGAGAGGGGAGUUUUUUCCCUGUAUGUGAAGGACAACCAGCGCUCUGUUGCAACCUCCCUCUGCAGCCACUCAUUCGAGGAUUUAAUGCUAAUCAUC